AUGGGGAAAUUUCGUCAUUGGUUAAGAAGCCGAUCAGCGACUCCUAUCCAGCAACGGGAAUCAGAGAGCGAACCCGCAAAUCUCGAUCUUGCAACAUCGGCUGGGCAAUCUGGCUCUCUCGAACAGCCUUCGAUGUUUCUAUUUCCAGACGGUGUAGAGGUCUUAGUCAACCCCCCGGGUGCCGAUGUCGAUAUCUGUUUUGUUUAUGUGUCGAAAUCGGUAGCGUCUUCCAAUAGACUUAUCGACCAUGCCAUAAAUCUUCUUACCGAUCUUACAAACGACCGACGCUAUCGCAACGCCUCGGGCCGUCCUCUCAUCUUUGUCGUCUAUAGCCUAGGUGGUCUUAUUUGUAAGGAAGCUAUACUGCUAUCGCGCAAUAAUCCAAAUCGCUCUUGCCAAGACUUCUUUAUACACAUUAAGGGCGUUGUCUUUAUAGGCAUGCCCCAUAAGGGCUUGUGGAUAGCUGACUGGUCGGGAAUACCUGCCAGAGCUCUGGGCGUAGUUAAGUCUACCAACCGAUCACUUCUUGAGGUAUUAGAGACAAACAAUCAAUAUCUUGAGUCGAUCUAUGUCAGAUUUCUAUCUAUGAUGCGAGAGCAAUGUGAGGCGGGAAGGCAGCUUGAGGUCGUCUGUUUCUUUGAGGAACUACCUCUAUCUACAGUGGGCAAAGUUGUGUUAAAGGAAUUAGCCACAUUUGAGGGCUAUGAUCUAAUUACUAUCCAUGCUAAUCAUGCAGACAUGGUUAAGUUUGGGUCUACGGAAGAGACUGGCUUUAAAAGGGUUGUCGGAGAACUUACAGCGUGGAAAUCGGAUCUCGGACGAGGGGGAGUCAUCACUAAGCUUCAGAAGCUUCUAUUUGCUUAUCCUGGUGGCCAACAAGCCGCUCUCGUUGGCUUGGGUGGUGUAGGCAAGACGCAAAUCGCCCUUCAGCUUGCGCAUCUUGCCAAGAAUAACAACCAAAGUCACCAGCAGUACUCCAUCAUCUGGAUGCCCGCACUGAGCAUGGCAAGCUUUAAGCAGGCCUAUACUAGAAUAAUUAAAGUAUUUAACAUCAAGCAUGCCGACAAUAAGGACCCAAAAGAAAUUUUUAAGAACUUUCUCAACUCAAAAGGGGCAGGAAGGUGGUUUCUUAUCAUUGAUAAUGCCGACGACAUGAAGACCUUAUAUAGAACGGCCCAGAAGCCAGGAGGAAUCGCAGAUUAUAUUCCAGAUUGCGAGCAAGGUUAUAUUCUAUUCACGACACGGUCUCGUAACGUGGCCGUCACCGUCGCACAGACCAAUAUUCUUGAGCUACCUGAGAUGGACAAAAAGGAUGCUAGAACCCUCCUGCAGAAGUCCGUAAUGCAGAAAGAUGAAAUACAGGAUACAGACUUGGCCGACAGACUGUUACGCGAGCUCGCCUAUCUACCGCUAGCAAUCAGGCAGGCAUCAGCAUAUAUAGCAAUUAACAGAAUUUCAAUCAAAGAGUAUAUACAACUACUUCAGAAAACUGCCCAGGAUAUGGUGGAAUUGCUCAGUAUUGGAUAUCGUGACGGCACCCACUACAAUAUUGCUCAAGGCGCGGUUAUUACGACUUGGAUUGUGUCCUUCAAACAAAUCCGUGCUCUACAUGAGGAAGCUGCGAUACUACUUUCGUUCGCUUCUUGCCUCGAACCGAAAGCGAUACCCCGAACCUUACUACCCCGUUUGGGCACUGAACAAAGCAUAACACGCGCCAUUGGCACAAUUUACGGAAAGGCAAAACAUGCAGUGGUCAUACUAGGACAUGUGGUUGCAGUUGAAGAGACGACGUUGGUAGAGAAUCAUCCUGAUCGACUGGCAUCACAGCAUGCACUGGCAGGAGUAUAUGAAGCAAACGGUCAGAUUGCGGAAGCAGUGAAGCUGCUUGAGCAUGUAGUUGCAGUUGAAGAGACGACAUUGGCAGAGAAUCAUCCUGAUCGACUGGCAUCACAGCAUGAACUCGCAGGAGUAUAUAAAGCAAACGGUCGGAUUGCGGAAGCAGUAAAGCUGCUUGAGUAUGUGGUUACAGUUGAAGAGACGAUGUGGGAAGAGAAUCAUCCUCAUUGA